AAACAGAAAAGAUCGAAGAGCAGACUCGAAACUGUUACUUCUGAAGCAGAGAAAGAAACGUGAAAGACGUCAUCACAUCCACUACCCGCUUCGGCUGCUAGCUAGCACAAGGAGGAUGACAUUGCUCUGGAAUCAAACUUUUGGAAUCGUGAUUUCUGGAUCGAUACGCCGCGAUGUGCUCGUGAUCUUGGGCUGUUGAAACGUAGCAUUCGGUAUUCGCAGCCUGCAUACACGUGUCAUUCAAGCGGUGGCGUUUGUCCAUCUUGCAUGCCGCGCCACAGGAUUCAACAACUAUCUGAUACAUUGGUAGUUCCCUCUCACCGAACAGUCUGCCCGGCUGCCAUAGCGAUACCGCAACACACUACCAGAGGGGUGACAUCAUAGCACACCGGUGACACCAUCGUACUAGAGCACUGGGUCAUUGUACUUAGCCGGUGGUGCCGUCAUCAUCCUUACACACAGAUAUCACGAUAGAGCUUCAGCAGUGACGUAUCCUGUCAACCUAUUAGCUCUGUGAAGGAGACAUCAUCGAGUUAUUGACGUUCUAGCAGAAGCUUCCUGUAAUGUCUCGCCUUAGUGAAGCCGUGGCCGGUAUGGCUGGUCUUUCUGUGGAGGUGGAUAGCCGAUACACGGACAGAAUUGGCAGCCUGGACAGGCGACCUAUGAUGAGAAUGCCGCCUCCUUGUUUCCAGCCACCCAGUGACACUGUGUCCCACAGACCUGAGGCAGCAGGUGAUAAGGCCACAGCGCCCGGGCCUGCUAACAGCGGCGGCAAGUUUGCCAAUGUGGAAGUGGAUGGAGAGCAGAUUCACGAAUGCUUCCGCUGUAUCAUGACCAAGGUCCACGGCAUUGGUAAGAAACGUAAAUUGCUGCGUAAUUACUUGGCUAACAAAUACUUGGUGAACGGCGAAGGGGCGGAGGGAAAAGCAUGGCAGCUGCUGACUCUCUCUUACAUGACGUCAGUCUUGUUCAACUUUAGCCAGUAUUCGUAUGAGAUAUUGAACAACGAGUUCUCGGACGCCGGAGAGUUCAAGACGUUUCUUAUAGACUGCGGUGUUUGUACCUUUCUCUCCAAAAUACUCUCCAACCCGCGCUCAUCUGCAACAUCGGAAACGCGCUAUCUCACUCAUGAUGAUUACGCAGCGCGCAUUGAUUCUUCACAGACCGCAGGUAAUGCCAGUAGUACUGGUGAUGUGUCUGGGGCUAACUCUGAUUCGGCCGCCGCUGCCGCUGGCUAUUGCAGCUCUGAAGUAGCGCAGUGGCAAUGCUCGGCUUUCUACGCCAUCUGCGUUGUCGGCGCGUUAGCGGAGCUGGAGGAAGAGUCGUCUCGGGGCACUGCCACAAAGGAGCAGCAUGUGCGUGUUCAUCGCUAUGGUGAUAUGCUUGUUGAAGCCGGUGUUGUCAAGGCGCUACUCAGCUGUAUAGCAGGCAGUCAUGGAAUACUGGAGAUAAGCAGGGGAUGUCUUGCGUUGAGAGAGUUGACGUUCACUACAAUGCAAGCCGGAUAUGCAAUCAUGGAGCACGGUGCAAUGCCUAUGCUUGCACGGCUGUUCACACCGGGCUGGUUUCAGAAGCGCUUGGCGAAGAUUCGCGACGGUGGAGGAUUUGACUCCGGUACUCGCUACUUACUUUCGCUAGGAAUGGAGGGGUCUUCUUUCCCUGAGGUUGCAGCUAACAGUAUGUCAGUGUCUGAAGCACAUCAGCGUGCCGCUUUUCUCUGCUUGAAUAUAACGGAGAAUGUCGGGGCUGCCAUCGCCUACACCAUGGAGAGCUGCAAGGAGGCUCGUAGCUGUGUUCUUAUGGAACCCUGUGACAUUGUAUUAAGCGCGGCUCUUCAGUGGCUUGAGAUGCCGCUCAAGACACUACCAGAUCAGAACAGUACAGUGCGUGCUGUGCUUGUCGUCAGACAGAGUCUAAAUACCAGUAUUGGCACCGUCAACAAGAUACUAAACAAAAAUGAUAUUUUAGAAGUGUUGGACAAUUGGUUGUAUCCUAAUACGUUGUAUCCCAUACCGGAUGUUCUCUGUUCCUAUCUGCUGCUGGUGCGGCUAGGCGGUAAUGUACGUGAUUGCCUGGCCAGUCGUCUUAGCCUGCUGGAGCCAGUAUGCAUGCUUGUCUACUGCACUGCACCCACCAUACAGGAGAUCUCCCUGCGGAUACUCACCGCACUCGUGCAGCACCGGCCUGACCUGGUCAAGCACCUGCUAUCGCGUCACCUGAUCGGCCCGGACAUGCUCAAGCGGGCACCGCGCGCCUUUGCGCCCUGUAUCGGCCUGCUCGAGAAGCUGCAGCGUGCCUGCUCCAAGGCCUACCCGGGACUGUGGCGCUCGCAGAAUCAGGACGCGAUCGUCGACUUUGUAGGCGAUGCGGCCUCCAGCAUGCAGGGCAUGACACGAGAUCAACUGAAAGAACUCGGUAAAGUGCACUUUCAGGAGAGUGACUACGACCAGGCCGCACGCUACUACUCCGCCGCGUUGCUAUCGGCGACGGAUCGCCCGGCCGCUGCUGACGACACGGACGCCGUGUUGCUAGGCAACCGCGCCGAGUGCUACUUGCGUAUGGAGCGGUACGGGGACGUGAUCCGCGACGCCAGCAUGGCAAUCGGCCUGGUGCUGAUUAAGAGUCAGAGUCAGCCACUGGUCGUCAAGUGUGCCUUUCGUCGUGGCAAGGCUUUCUUCCGACAGGGCCAGUUCUUCCUAGCAGUGAGCGACGCCAACUUCUGCAGCAAACAGGACACCACCGGCCCCACUGUACAGGACUUGCACCGCGAUGCUAUAGCUUCUCUGGAGAAGUCACGACAAGCAGCUACGGCGACAGCGGCCGGCGCAGGCGGCGGAGGCCGUACAUCUUCCAAGUCAUCUCGCAUGCGCACGUGUUGGGGCUGUGGCGUAACUGGGGUGGGUAUGAAGAAAUGCUCGCGCUGCGAGAAGGCCUAUUUCUGUGGAAAGUCGUGUCUGAAGGAAAACUGGCCUCGUCACCAGAAAGAAUGUCAGAAAAUAGCAGCAGCAGCAAACUGACAGCUACUAAAACCUUGCCUGUCUUUCACACAAUGCUGUAUUCCUCUUGUCUGCUGAUAAUGCUGUGUUGUGUGCAUAUGCCCACCUGUGUUGUGUGCAUAUGCCCGCCUGUGUUGUGUAUGUAUGCAUGUCUAUGCCGUGUACAUAUUCGAAAGUACAUGCCCUUUGCUCGUCUAUGCUGUGCUGUGAGGAGUAUUCAUUUCCUGCUGAGCGUGUGUGUUGGUGUUGUUUUCUGUUUUGUGGCCGUCGCCUUUGCGGAUCUCAGCGCUCAUUUAUGUAUAUACAUGCACAUGUAUGCAUGUGGUGCGUGUGUGUGCGUGCGUGUUUGUUUGUGCGUGUGUGUUUGUGCGUGCGUACGUGCAUGCACAUGCGUGUGAGCGGCACAUGCUCAGCGGAUAUAAUGCAAGUCACUGCUGCACUCUUUUAGAGGGGGCGUGUGGCGAGACCACUCUACAUGCUCACAGUGCCCCUGCUGCUUAGACGAAUCACGUUAAUUUUUACAAUGCAAGACGGGACAGCGAUGCCAUGACACAUUUGCCUAUUCGCUCUCAGGCGCCCUCACCCAGUCCAGUGUGGUGCGCUGCUGCACACGUUUGCUUCUUUUCAUUAUUAUGAUUAUAUAGAUAUUUCUAGCAAUGCAUAUCUGACUUUCAACAACUUGCUUUUAGUAUACUGUUUAGGGUCGUACCACUAUUAGCAGUUUAACCAUACUCCAUAGCCUCUCUGCACUCUUCUAAACCCCCAAUCAACUCAAUCUACUUGUCACUGUAGCUCCGUAUGGCAGCACAUGUUCUAUACAAUGUACAUUGUACAUGAACACCCAGUGUGUAUGGUAUGGGGUGGAUCGA